AUGGCUGGAAGACGCGACAGCAGAGUCGCGAGGAGCAGCGGGAUUGGCGGGUGGGACAAGCACGCGCGCGCCCCCGGCGGCGGCAGCGGCGGAGACAGCGGCGGUGGCGGCGGCGGAGGCAGCAGCGUCGCUGCGAGCAGCAUAGGCGGAAGCGGCGGCGGCGGCGGAGGCGGCGCGAAGAGGCGGUGGAAGCCCGCGCCGGUCGCGCUUCGUCUCGAUCAUUUCCUCGCCGCCGCCACCGGGCCCGCCGCCACCGCUUCUGUUGCCACCCGCGCUGCGCGCGAAUCCGCGGAAAUUGGCCCGCGCGCCAGUGGGACGGGAAGGGCAAAUGCGGGUAUUAGUGACGGGCGGCCGCGCGGAUGCGAAAAGGGAGGCGGAGCGGGGAGAGGAGGCGCAGGGAGAGGAGGGGGAAGUGAGGAUGCUAGCGCGCGUGGCUUGGUUUUGGCGGAAACGAGGCAAGGGGUGGGAGCAGGGGGAGCAGGGGGCGGAGCAGGAGGGCGGAGGAGGGGAGAAGUGGCAGGCGGAAGUGUGGGGGCGGGCGGGCGAGAGGGAAAAGGGGAGAGCGCGCGCAAGGAGCUCGAGAGGGGGAGAGAGAAGGGGCGCAAUUGGGAGAACGGGGGGGAGCGCGGAGGGGGGCGAGAGGGGGGUCGGGUGCUGGUGAACCCUGCAACUUCGGAGAGCAUUGGCGUGAGGCGGGGAAAGGAGAGGCAGACACCGAAGCAGAAGCGAGUGAGCCGCCUGAAGCGGAUGGUGGUGCUGGCGAGACAGGCGCGCGGGGAGGGGGAGACAGGGGAGGGAGGGCAGGGGGAAAGGGAGAAUAGGGAGGCGGAGGGGGAGAGGGAGGGAACGGGAGAGAAGGUGAGGGAAUGGGAGAGGUUGGGAGAGGAAGCGGGGGAGAGAGUGGGAAUGGGAGAGGGAGAAGGGGAGGAGGAGGAGGAGGAGGAGGAGGAGGAGGAGGAGGAGGAGGAGGAGGAGGAGGAGGAGGAGGAGGAGGAGGAGGAGGAGGAGGAGGAGGAGGAGGAGGAGGAGGAGGAGGAGGAGGAGGAGGAGGAGGAAGGGGAGGAAGAAGAGCGUGUGGUGCAUGGUGAUGGUGGGAGGAAUGGAGGAGGCAUGGGAUGGGUGGAGCAUGAGAGGCGUGAAGAGGGGUGUGCUGCCACAGUGGAGGGGGUGGGAGAGGCGAGUGAGGGGCCAGAGAGGGGAGACAGGAGAGAAAGGUUAGGGGAGGGUGGGAUGGAGGGCGGGGGGGAGGAGGGGAUGGUGGCGAGGGAGGGCGGGGGGGAGGAGGGGAUGGUGGCGAGGGAGGGCGGGGGGGAGGAGGGGAUGGUGGCGAGGGAGGGCGGGGGGGAGGAGGGGAUGGUGGCGAGGGAGGGCGGGGGGGAGGAGGGGAUGGUGGCGAGGGAGGGUGGGCAGGGACUGGACGGAAAAGUGGGCGGGAGGGAGGUGAGUGGGAAACGAGUGGGUAGGCAAAGGCGAGGGAGGAGAAAGGGAGGAGAGAAGCGAGGGGAGGAGAAACGAGGGGAGGAGAAUGGGGAAGGGGUGAAGGGAGGGGAGGAGAAGGGAGGGGAGGAGAAGGGAGGGGAGGAGAAGGGAGGGGAGGAUAAGGGAUGGGAAGAGAAGGGAGGGGAAAAGAAGAGAGGGGAAGAGAAGGGAGGGGAAGAGAAGGGAGGGGAAGAGAAGAGUGGGCAAGAAGACAGCGAGGCGAAAAGGCAAACGCAGCCGACCACUUACAUUGGCGUGGAGGCAUGCAGCAGGUACGCCGAGCAGGUGGUGACACCCGAGCUCAACGCACUCGUGGCUGAGCUGCUGGGGGAGCUGCUGCGAUUCCAAGUCAGGGCGCUUCAGAAGGACCCCAUUAAGGGAGCGAUGCGGCGGCGGGUGCUGGCAGGGCUGAAGGAGGUGGGGCAGGCGGUGCGCAGUGGGAGGGUCAAGUGUGUGGUGCUGGCGCCUAACGUGGAGGAGGUGCCUGGGGCAGGUGAGGUGGUCUUCACGCUGCUCUCUCACCCAUCCACCUUCCAUCAGGCGGUCGUGAGCGGUCUUGAUGCGGCCCUCACGUCCAUCCUAUCAGAUGCCACCACGCGGAGCAUUCCCGUGGUUGUGGCUCUCUCCAGACGGCGACUCGCCAAGGCCAGGCCUUCAACCGCCCGUGCUGCCAUUUGUUUCGGUGCCAUAGCCAUUUUGGACGACAAUGCUGCAUCGCCCGCACCCUCUCCUCCUUUCCCCCGCUUGCAUGCUCCCAUAUCCUCCCAUCUCCUCCCAUAUCCUCCCAUCUCCUCCCAUAUCCUCCCAUCUCCUCCCAUAUCCUCCCAUAUCCUCCCAUCUCCUCCCAUAUCCUCCCAUCUCCUCCCAUAUCCUCCCAUCUCCUCCCAUAUCCUCCCAUAUCCUCCCAUAUCCUCCCAUCUCCUCCCAUAUCCUCCCAUCUCCUCCCAUAUCCUCCCAUAUCCUCCCAUCUCCUCCCAUAUCCUCCCAUAUCCUCCUAUAUCCUCCCAUAUCCUCCCAUCUCCUCCCAUAUCCUCCCAUCUCCUCCCAUCUCCUCCCAUAUCCUCCCAUCUCCUCCCAUAUCCUCCCAUCUCCUCCCAUCUCCUCCCAUAUCCUCCCAUCUCCUCUCAUAUCCUCCCAUCUCCUCCCAUAUCCUCCCAUAUCCUCCCAUCUCCUCCCAUAUCCUCCCAUAUUCUCCCAUCUCCUCCCAUAUCCUCCCAUCUCCUCCCAUAUCCUCCCAUAUCCUCCCAUCUCCUCGCAUAUCCUCCCAUCUCCUCCCAUCUCCUCCCAUAUCCUCCCAUCUCCUCCCAUAUCCUCCCAUAUCCUCCCAUCUCCUCCCAUCUCCUUCCAUCUCCUCCCGUCUCCUCCCAUCUCCUCCCAUCUCCUCCCAUAUCCUCCCAUCUCCUCCCAUAUCCUCCCAUCUCCUCCCAUAUCCUCCCAUCUCCUCCCAUCACCUCCCAUCUCCUUCCAUAUCCUCCCAUCUCCUCCCAUAUUCUCCCAUCUCCUCCCAUAUCCUCCCAUCUCCUCCCAUAUCCUCCCAUAUCCUCCCAUCUCCUCGCAUAUCCUCCCAUCUCCUCCCAUCUCCUCCCAUAUCCUCCCAUCUCCUCCCAUAUCCUCCCAUAUCCUCCCAUCUCCUCCCAUCUCCUUCCAUCUCCUCCCGUCUCCUCCCAUCUCCUCCCAUCUCCUCCCAUAUCCUCCCAUCUCCUCGCAUAUCCUCCCAUCUCCUCCCAUAUCCUCCCAUCUCCUCCCAUCACCUCCCAUCUCCUUCCAUAUCCUCCCAUCUCCUCCCAUCUCCUCCCAUCUCCUCACUUUUGCACUGCAUUGCUCUGCCAGACACUAAACCGCCCUCGGUGUAAAGCAUUAAACCGCCCUCGGUGUAAAGCUCUAAACCGCCCUCGGUGUAAAGUGAGUGCCGUGGCCAUUCUGGACGACAAUGGCGCGCACAGGCUGCUCAAGAGCGUGCUGGCAGAGGCAGAGAGGGGGAGGGCGCUGUGGCAGGAGGGGCAGGCGGGGCGGGAGUGGGAGGGGAAGGAGGGGAAGGAGGCAGUUGGUGCAUGA